AGAAACUGAGAUUCAAGUUGAGUAACUUACACAAGGUCAUAAAGCUGGAGAGAAGGUGACUUGGGAAACAUCCAGACAGUCUGACUCCACAGUUUAUUCUCAGCAUCAUGCUAGUCUACCACCCUGAUGAAUGGAACAAAAGUGGGACUUUUAAAAUGUUGCCCUGUAAGAAGAGAAGAACUACAGUGACAGAGUCCCUACAGCAUAAAGGCAAUCAGGAGGAAAACAACGUAGACCUAGAAUCAGCUGUUAAACCAGAAUCUGACCAGGUUAAGGACUUGAGGUCGGUGUCACUGUCCUGGGAUCCAAGUCAUGGCAGAGUAGCUGGCUUCGAAGUACAAUCUGUGCAGGAUGCAGGAAAUCAGCUUGGUAUGGAGGAUACAUCUCUGAGCUCUGGGAUGCUCACCCAGGACACAAAUGUACAAAUUCUAGAAGGUGUUGAUGUUGCCAUCCCUCAGGGAAUCACCCUACCUUCCUUGGAGUCUUUUCAUCCCCUUAAUAUACACAUUGGUAAAGGAAAACUCCAGGCUACUGGCUCAAAGAGAGGGAAAAAAAUUACACUGAGGCCUGGGCCAGUUACCCAAGAAGACAGACGUGAUCAUCCUAUGCUAAAGGAGCCUUUUUCAGAAGAGCCUAGUGAAGAAGUCAAGGAAGAAGGAGGGAAACCUCAAAUGCAUUCUGAAGGGGAGAUACCUUCACUGCCAUCAGGCAGCCAAUCUGCAAAACCAGUAAGCCAGCCCAGGAAAUCAACCCAGCCAGAUGUUUGUGCCUCUCCUCAAGAAAAGCCACUCAGGACUCUGUUUCACCAACCUGAGGAAGAGAUAGAAGAUGGUGGACUCUUCAUUCCAAUGGAAGAACAAGACAAUGAAGAAAGUGAGAAAAGGAGAAAAAAGAAAAAGGGUACCAAGAGGAAACGAGAUGGAAGGGGUCAAGAAGGGACCUUGGCAUAUGACCUGAAACUGGACGACAUGCUUGACCGUACCUUGGAGGAUGGUGCCAAGCAGCACAAUCUAACAGCGGUCAAUGUCCGAAACAUCCUUCAUGAAGUAAUCACAAAUGAACACGUGGUAGCUAUGAUGAAAGCAGCCAUCAGUGAGACAGAAGAUAUGCCAAUGUUUGAGCCUAAAAUGACACGCUCUAAACUGAAAGAAGUAGUGGAAAAAGGAGUGGUAAUUCCAACAUGGAAUAUUUCACCAAUUAAGAAGGCCAAUGAAAUUAAGCCUCCUCAGUUUGUGGAUAUCCACCUUGAAGAAGAUGAUUCCUCAGAUGAAGAAUACCAACCGGAUGAUGAAGAAGAAGAUGAAACUGCUGAAGAGAGCUUAUUGGAAAGUGAUGUUGAAAGCACUGCUUCAUCUCCACGUGGGGCAAAGAAAUCCAGAUUGAGGCAGUCUUCUGAGAUGACUGAAACGGAUGAGGAGAGUGGCAUAUUAUCGGAGGUUGAGAAAGUCACCACACCAGCCAUCAGGCACAUCAGUGCUGAGGUAGUGCCCAUGGGGCCCCCGCCCCCUCCAAAGCCGAAACAGACCAGAGAUAGUACUUUCAUGGAGAAGUUACAUGCAGUAGAUGAGGAGCUGGCUUCCAGUCCAGUCUGCAUGGAUUCUUUCCAGCCCAUGGAUGACAGUCUCAUUGCAUUUCGAACGCGUUCUAAGAUGCCUCUGAAAGAUGUUCCCCUGGGCCAACUAGAGGCAGAGCUCCAAGCUCCAGACAUCACUCCAGAUAUGUAUGACCCCAAUACAGCAGAUGAUGAGGACUGGAAGAUGUGGCUAGGGGGACUUAUGAAUGAUGAUGUGGGGAAUGAAGAUGAAGCAGAUGAUGAUGAUGAUCCAGAAUAUAAUUUCCUGGAAGACCUUGAUGAACCAGACACAGAGGAUUUCCGGACUGACCGGGCAGUGAGAAUCACCAAAAAGGAAGUAAAUGAGCUGAUGGAAGAGCUGUUUGAAACUUUCCAAGAUGAGAUGGGAUUCUCCAACAUGGAAGAUGAUGGCCCAGAAGAGGAGGAGCGUGUCGCUGAGCCUCGACCUAACUUUAACACUCCUCAAGCUCUACGGUUUGAGGAACCACUGGCCAACUUGCUAAAUGAACAACAUCGGACAGUGAAGGAGCUAUUUGAACAGCUGAAGAUGAAGAAAUCUUCAGCCAAACAGCUGCAGGAAGUAGAGAAGGUUAAACCCCAGAGUGAGAAAGUUCAUCAGACUCUGAUUCUGGACCCAGCACAGAGGAAGAGACUCCAGCAGCAGAUGCAGCAGCACGUUCAGCUCUUGACCCAAAUCCACCUUCUUGCCACCUGCAACCCCAAUCUCAGUCCGGAGGCCAGUACCACCAGGAUAUUUCUUAAAGAGCUGGGAACCUUUGCUCAAAGCUCCAUCGCCCUUCACCAUCAGUACAACCCCAAGUUUCAGACCCUGUUCCAACCCUGUAACUUGAUGGGAGCUAUGCAGCUUAUUGAAGACUUCAGCACACAUGUCAGCAUUGACUGCAGCCCUCAUAAAACUGUCAAGAAGACUGCCAAUGAAUUUCCCUGUUUGCCAAAGCAAGUGGCUUGGAUCCUGGCCACAAGCAAGGUUUUCAUGUAUCCAGAGUUACUUCCAGUGUGUUCCCUGAAGGCAAAGAAUCCCCAGGAUAAGAUCGUCUUCACCAAGGCUGAGGACAAUUUGUUAGCUUUAGGACUGAAGCAUUUUGAAGGAACUGAGUUUCCUAAUCCUCUAAUCAGCAAGUACCUUCUAACCUGCAAAACUGCGCACCAGCUGACAGUGAGAAUCAAGAACCUCAACAUGAACAGAGCUCCUGACAACAUCAUUAAAUUUUAUAAGAAGACCAAACAGCUGCCAGUCUUAGUAAAAUGCUGUGAAGAGAUCCAGCCACAUCAGUGGAAGCCACCUGUAGAGAGAGAAGAACACCGGCUCCCAUUCUGGUUAAAGGCCAGUCUGCCAUCCAUCCAGGAAGAACUGCGGCACAUGGCUGAUGGUGCUAGAGAGGUAGGACAUGUGACUGGAACCACUGAGAUCAACUCAGAUCAUGGCCUAGAAAAAGACAACUUGGAGUUGGAGAGUGAAACUCGGUACCCACUGCUAUUGCCUAAGGGUGUGGUCCUGAAACUGAAGCCAGUCGCCACCCGUUUCCCCAGGAAGGCUUGGAGACAGAAGCGUUCAUCAGUCCUGAAACCCCUCCUUAUCCAACCCAGCCCCUCUUUCCAGCCUAGCUUCAACCCUGGGAAAACACCAGUCCGAUCAACUCAUUCAGAAGCCCCUCCGAGCAAAAUGGUGCUCCGGAUUCCUCAUCUGAUCCAGCCAGCCACUGUCUUACAGACAGUUCCAGGUGUCCCUCCACUGGGGGUCAGUGGAGGUGAGAGUUUUGAGUCUCCUACAGCACUGACUGCUAUGCCCCCUGAGGGCAGGACAAGCUUCCCUCUGUCUGAGUCCCAGAGUUUGCUCUCUUCUGCCCCUGUGCCCAAGGUAAUGCUGCCCUCCCUUGCCCCUUCUAAGUUUCGGAAGUCAUAUGUGAGACGCAGACCCUCAAAGAGAAGGGGAGUCAAGGCCUCUCCCUGUAUGAAACCUGCCCCUGUUAUCCACCACCCUGCAUCUGUUAUCUUCACUGUUCCUGCUACCACUGUGAAGAUUGUGAGCCUUGGCAGUGGCUGUAACAUGAUCCAGCCUGUCAAUGCGGCUGUGGCCCAGAGUCCCCAGACUAUUCCCAUUACCACCCUCUUGGUUAACCCUACUUCCUUCCCCUGUCAAUUGAACCAGCCCCUUGUGGCCUCCUCUGUCUCACCCUUAAUUGUUUCUGGCAAUUCUGUGAAUCUUCCUAUACCAUCCACCCCUGAAGAUAAGGCCCGCGUGAAUGUGGACAUUGCUUGUGCUGUGGCUAAUGGGGAAAAUGCCUUUCAGGGCCUAGAACCCAAAUUAGAGCCCCAGGAACCAUCUCCUCUCUCUGCUACUGUGUUCCCCAAAGUGGAACAUAGCCCAGGGCCUCCACCAGCAGAUGCAGAGUGCCAAGAAGGAUUGUCAGAGAACAGUGCCUGUCGCUGGACUGUUGUGAAAACAGAGGAGGGAAGACAAGCUCUGGAGCCGCUGCCUCAGGGCAUCCGGGAGUCUCUAAACAACCCUACCGCUGGGGAUUUAGAGGAAGUUGUCAAGAUGGAACCUGAAGAUGCUCCAGAGGAAAUCAGUGGAUCCCCUGAGCAUGACAUUUGUGAUGACAUCAAAGAGGAACAUGCUGUGGAAUUGGACACUGGUGUCCCAAGCGAGGAGUUGAACAGUGCUAGAGAGGUAAAGAAACAGACAGUCUUGCAGAAGGAAGAGGAGAGGAGUCAGCCAGCUAAAACCCCUUCAUCUUCCCAAGAGCACCCUGAUGAAGGAACCUCAGGGACAGAUGUGAACAAAGGAUCAUCAAAGAAUGCUUCGUCCUCGAUGGAUCCUGAAGUGAGGCUUAGUAGCCCCCCAGGGAAGCCAGAAGACUCACCCAGUGUUGAUGGUCAGUCAGUGGAGACUCCAGUUGGGCCAGAAACUGGAGGAGAGAAGAAUGGGCCAGAGGAAGAGGAAGAAGAGGACUUUGAUGACCUCACCCAAGAUGAGGAAGAUGAAAUGUCAUCAGCUUCUGAGGAAUCUGUGCUUUCUGUCCCAGAACUCCAGGAAACAAUGGAGAAACUGACUUGGCUGGCAUCUGAAAGGCGCAUGAGUCAGGAGGGUGAGUCUGAAGAAGAGAAUUCUCAGGAGGAGAACUCUGAGCCGGAAGAAGAGGAGGAAGAAGAAGCAGAAGGAAUGGAAAGCCUGCAGAAAGAGGAUGAAAUGACGGAUGAAGCAGUUGGAGACUCAGCUGAGAAGCCUCCUUCUACUUUUGCCUCAUCUGAGACUGCUCCAGAAGUGGAGACCAGCAGAACUCCACCAGGAGAGAGCAUCAAAGCUGCUGGAAAGGGCCGGAACAAUCAUCGAGCUCGCAACAAGCGGGGAAGUCGGGCUCGGGCCAGCAAGGACACCUCCAAGCUGCUGUUGCUGUAUGAUGAGGACAUUCUCGAACGAGAUCCCCUCAGAGAGCAGAAGGACUUGGCCUUUGCCCAAGCUUAUCUGACCAGGGUACGAGAAGCCCUACAACAUAUCCCUGGCAAGUAUGAAGACUUCCUUCAAGUCAUCUAUGAAUUUGAGUCAAGUACCCAGAGACAGACGGCUGUAGAUCUCUACAAAAGCCUGCAAAUUCUGCUCCAAGACUGGCCUCAGCUGUUGAAAGACUUUGCUGCUUUCCUGUUACCUGAGCAAGCUCUGGCCUGUGGAUUAUUUGAGGAGCAGCAGGCUUUUGAGAAGAGCCGCAAGUUCCUUCGGCAGCUGGAGAUUUGCUUUGCAGAGAACCCCUCACACCACCAGAAGAUUAUCAAGGUCCUCCAGGGCUGUGCAGACUGCCUUCCCCAGGAGAUCACCGAGCUCAAGACACAGAUGUGGCAGCUCCUCAAGGGCCAUGACCACCUACAGGAUGAGUUUUCUAUCUUCUUCGACCACUUGCGCCCAGCAGCUAGCAGGAUGGGUGACUUUGAAGAGAUCAAUUGGACUGAGGAGAAGGAGUAUGAGUUUGAUGGCUUUGAAGAAGUGGCCCUGCCUGAUGUGGAAGAAGAGGAGGAGCCUCCCAAGAUACCCACAGCCUCAAAGAACAAGAGAAAAAAAGAGAUUGGGGUCCAAAAUCAUGAUAAGGAAACUGAGUGGCCAGAUGGGGCCAAGGACUGUGCCUGCUCCUGCCACGAAGGAGGUCCAGAUUCCAAGUUGAAGAAGAGCAAAAGGCGGAGCUGUAGCCACUGUAGCAGCAAGGUCUGUGACAGCAAAUCCUACAAGAGCAAGGAGCCCCAUGAGUUGGUGGGCAGCAGCCCCCACCGAGAGGCUAGUCCUAUGCCUGGAACUAAGGAAGCUGGGCAGGGCAAGGAUGUGACGGAAGAGGAAGCCCCAGAGGAGCGGGAGAGCACUGAGGCUACCCAGAGCAGGACUGUCAGGACCACCAGAAAGGGAGAGAUGCCUGUUUCAGGAUUGCCAGUGGGGGGCACUUUGCCGUCCCCUCGAGAAGUGACUCUUACAGAACGGCUCCUCCUGGAUGGCCCACCACCUCAUUCACCAGAGACUCCUCAAUUUCCCCCCAAAACUGGAGCUGUACUGUACACUGUUAAGAGAAACCAGGUUGGGCCUGAGGUUCUCUCCUGCCCCAAGGCAUCCCCCAGACUUCAGAAAGAGAGGGAGGGCCAAAAGGCAGUGGGUGAGUCAGAGGCUUUGAUGCUGGUCUGGGAUGCAUCAGAAACUGAGAAAUUGCCUGGUACCGUGGAACCCCAUGCUUCCUUCCUGAGUCCUGUUUCCUCAAAGACCAGAGAUGCAGGGAGAAGACAUGUGUCCGGGAAACCAGAUACUCAAGAGAGAUGGCUGCCCUCAAGCAGAGGUAGGGUGAAGACAAGAGACAGGACAUCCCCUGUCCAUGAAUCUCCAUCAGGAAUUGACACGUCAGAGACUUCUCCCAAAGCCCCUAGAGGGGGUUUGUCUAAAGACAGUGGAACACAGGGCAAGAGUCCAGAGGGGGAGCAGCAGCCAAAGGCCACAGAAGCUACAGUGUGUGCCAACAACAGCAAGGUCAGCUCCACUGGGGAAAAGGUUGUCCUGUGGACAAGGGAAGCUGACCGUGUGAUCCUCACCAUGUGCCAGGAGCAAGGGGCACAGCCACAGACCUUCAGCAUCAUCUCCCAGCAGCUGGGAAAUAAGACCCCUGCUGAGGUCUCCCACCGUUUUCGAGAACUCAUGCAGCUCUUCCACACUGCCUGUGAAGCCAGCUCUGAGGAUGAGGAUGAUGCUACCAGUACCAGCAACGCAGACCAGCUGUCUGACCGUGGGGACCUUCUGUCUGAAGAGGAGCUGGAUGAAUGAGACUCUGGGAAUACUUGGGUAUCAUCUACGCAGGACCAAACCCAACAGGUGCCCUGUCAUUAGGCAGGAGGGUAGUUGUACUCUGCUUGUACAGUCCUUGCGCCCAGUUUACAGACCAGGAGAGGAGCCCAGGAUGAGGACAAAGGCUGGAGGAUGGAGUAGGACCCAGGGGCUCUGCCAUCCUAGGCACCAUUCAAGGUCUUUUAUGAAGACCUUACAGAUCUCCUCUGUAAAUAGUAUCGAGUGAGAGUGGAGUUCAGCUCCUUUCUCUACUUUUUUUUGGUCUGAUGGCACAUAUUUAUUGUUCUGUGGUCUAAUCACAGUGUUUCUAAAUGUAAAAAGUGCAUAUGUUGGUGUAGCUAGUCCUGCAACAUUGAGCUCCUCUGCACGAAGACACUGGGCUCCUGCAUCCAGCUGUUUUUAUUGCAAACUAGCUCCUCUCUCCCACACUGGGAACUUUAGUCCACGAGGCUGUCACCACCCUGGCAGCACUGGGCCAGGCUUUGUAGCUCCUGCAGGAGUUCUGCUACGUCAUCGUGCUCCACUCCAGCAUCCAUGAAGCUGGCCCAGCGCCGCAAGUCGAGUUUGGUGAGGUCUCUGGCCAAGGCCUCCAGGGUCUGGUGCAGGGAUGAAGAGGAACACAGUGCCCCAAACACUGGGAUGGUCUCCACUGCUGUGGAGGGAGAGGAAAGACAGACCUGUAGAUGGAUGAUUAUUCUGCCCUGGGACUCUGUCAAACUGAUACGGAAGUCCAACCUUAGUAGACUUGAUUGUAGACUCAACAAAUUUGGUGUACUGUCCCCUUAGUACACCAGUACUCCAGAGGAAGAAUGCUUUUCUUGGGAGCCAUAGGGUGAAUAAAACAAUGUUUAACUGUGGA